CAAACUGGAUGUUCGAAAUACUAAUGAUGAUAUUAAACAGAAGUGCAAAUAGGGUAGAAGCGAAUAAAAUGUACACGAUGCUUGAAAGCGUUACUGCUGAAGAGGCGGAUCAGCAACCACCACCAAGGGUCGUGAACUCUCAUUAUCCACCUAGAUAUCUUCCCCUAGAAGGUAUGCGAGCAAAACAGAUCAAGACUGUUUUAUGUAUUCGCAAUCCCAAAGACAUAGCCGUAUCGUAUUACAAUCAUGCGAAGGGGGUAAAAACAUAUGACUACGAUGGCAAAUGGGAAGACUGGUUGCAAGUGUAUCUGCAAGGAAAAUUGGAAUAUGGCAAGUACUGUGAAUAUUUGUUAGAAUGGCAGCGCGAAGUAAAAAAUGGUCCAGGAUUCCCUCUACAUGUCAUGUUCUAUGAAGAUUUGAAAAUGAAUGGGAGAGAAGAGUUGGACAAGUUACUAAAGUUUCUCGACAUUCAGUUAGAUGAACAACUGAAAAACGACAUCAUUGAUAAGUGUGGUUUUAAGAAAAUGUCAGAGGAAAAAGGAAGUGACAAAAUAUUCGAUAUAUACUGCAAACCAGGUUUCAAUUUCUUCCGAAAAGGUCAAGUUGGCGACUGGAAGAACUGGUUUACUGUUGCACAGAAUGAAAUGUUCGAUAAAAUUUGGGAGAAGGAAACAAAAGGCCAAGACAUGUUCAAAUUCAAGUACACUUACACUGACGCUUGAAUUCAGUGAACAUUUGUUUCUGAUAUCAAUGAUAUUCUUCAGUGUUUUUCUAAAUAUCUAUUGCGGUCACAUUUGUGCCUGUUUAACAUCAAUUUUUGUUUUUAAAGUAAGUUACAAAUCAAAGUUUAGAGGGAAACUUCUUAUGGUUUACUCUAAAGGAUUUUUCCACUGUACAAUUCUCAUUACCUUAUAAGCUCGUCGGUAGGUUUAGGAUAAAACAUUUAACUAACAUAGUAGGACGCAAUACUAUAAAACGUAAAAAGACCAGUACUAUGUUCUAAACAAUUGUCAAUUAAAUAUUAUCGGAAACCAUAUAUAACAUUAAUACACGGUGUAUAGAUUUUUACCAACUAAGAGAAAAAGGAUGAAAUAGACAUAUCAGCAAGGUGUUCUAUAUAGAGGAACUGAUUUUUAGGAAGUUUGUUUCGUUUGUUUCGUUUGCUUUAAUGUUUUAUUUAACCAGUUUUUAGAUUUUCCUUCGUAUUUAUUUUGAUGUAUUUCUAUAAUAUUUUCACUAGUUUAGCGGUUUCAAGCGGGCGCGGCCCGUUCUCUACUCCUCCGCCUUAUAAUUUGCCAAGAACAAGCGUUUAACACUUUUAAUCUCUGUUUAAAUCAACAGCAAUAUAGAAUUUUUGCUCACUUCGCUCACAAUUGAUUAAUCACAAAGUGCAAUAUUUUUACGCGUUUCGCUAGCGCAUAAAAAACAUUGUUCAUCACGCUUCCUUGCAUGACAACAUUCGUUAUAACUUAAAGAGUUAUAUUGACAUUGAAUUAUUAAAAAGCUGCGCUCGCAAAUCACAACAGCAUUACAAUAAUCUUAAGAACUAUUCUAUAAAAAAUUCCUGCUCGCGUACAUCCACAAUUCAUAGACUGAUUGAUAUUCAAAUGCACACGCAUUUAACAGUUUUAAUGUUUCAACUCGGUUCGCUAGCAUGUCUUCAUUUAGUAUUUUUAAGCCGAAUAUUAUGAACUGAUAUGAACUUUAAAAAUCCAGGGGCGGCUAGUGAUGAGUAAAUACACGCUAGAAUCAUACGAUUAAUGACUAUGAUUUUAUAACACACGGGCGGCGUAAUUGUAGGUAUAUAUAAUAAUACUAUACCUAUAUAAUGCAUAAAAUGAUUCAGAAUGACUUCUGCAUCUACUUUAAAAACUUUCUUUUCUGGUGCGUUGCAUGAGGCCAUCGCAUGGGUGCAUACUAAAAUGUAAAAACAUUUUGAUGAAAAAUGUGUUUAUUUUUAUUUCAAGAAAAUAAUUAUUCUGUAUAAACUGCUUGAGUAAUUGUCUGCGUGAAAACACAGCAUCCUUUAAAAUCAAUGACAACGUAAUAUUUCUGUAUAGUGCAUUAAAAUCAAAUGUUUAAUGACGAGCUGAUAAUAAAAGAAAAAUAAAAAAGGGGGCGGGUACUAGGCAUUUCUUGAUGUUCGGCGGGUGGCCGUUAAAAUCACACGGACGUUGUUAGUUUAAAAUGUAUAUAAAAUACGAUGUAUAUAUUUCUUUCUGGAAUGAGUCUAGCAUUUACUGGCGUUUUUUUUUUAAUAUUAAGGCGCGUACCAACUCGGGUGUGAGCAUCAAAGCACCAUAUUUUGAAAAAUAAUGGGAAAAGUAAUAAAGUAUUUCUGUUAAAAAUUGUCUUAAAAGGUUUCCGUAUUGUGAUAAUUACGUGGCGGCGUGAGAAUCACACGGUUUCGGGUAUAGCCGUGAUAAUCACAUGACGGUCUUAGCUUUAGACAUAUAUAACUAUAUGAUACAUAAAAUUAUUCAGAAAUAAUUUCUGCAUCAACGGAUAUAAAUAAUUGGGUAUUCAGGCGUGUACCAGUUCGGGGUGUGCAUCAAAGCCACAUCCUU